AGUAACUAUUCCCAUGAUACAGUAGAGUCAGUGGUUUCUUAAUAACAAGCCUAGUUCUAUAGAAGUCUUCCUACAGCUAUGCAAGCCAAGCAUAUAAGAGCUAUAACUCCUCUCAUCAUGACGCCUCAUACCUUGUCUGAACUAAAGUUUCAAGAUGCGAUUUGCGCGCGAAUCAAUUUCUCGUCUUUGUCAUCCCCCACAUCAUAGACUGCAUAAUGUGAUCUUCCACUGAGCCUCAACCCCGAAAUGCGUCUCCAAGUUAGAAGACCUCGAGAAUUACAAUUCCUCGUGGAGGGCUCUCGAUGUACUCGUGUCUUGUCAUACACGGCAACUUACAUUCUCAAGUCUCACAAGCCACGCACCUUGAUGAAUCAAUCUAAAUCAUACAGUGUCUAGAACAAUCCCUACAUGAUUCAUAUCCUGCCUUGCCUCGAAUCCAUGCUAUGCGUAAGGCAAGCACACGCUCAGUAUCUGUCACUCUUAUGCAUUUCCCUGGUGUUCAAGUAGCGGGAUCUAACGAUAUUCUGUAUUUGACUGUUCCAUUAAGGUACCCUCAAACUUCGAACUACCGCUUAGUGACGUCAAAUCAUAGGCCCCGAGACCCCUAAAAUCUGCGCGAUAACGGCAAAACAACGGCCCCCCACGUUCCGUUCCCGAGCUCAGCUCCCAAAAUUUCUACGGAUCGGCUCGAAAGCUCUCUCAAACCCUGUGAUCGAUCUCAAUAUCACGAGGCACUGCAACUCAACACCAUUAGGCAAAGAUCGCGCGUAAUCUAACUCCCAGGCAUUAGUUUCUCAUUUACUGUUGUCCGUCCACUCACUAAGGUCAAACUUUAUUCUACCUUCUUUUUCCGUAGCCUCGUUUGUUCUUAAGGAAUAAUAAUCAUGUCCAAGACUACUCUCGCUACUAUGGCCUGCCUAGGCGCAGGAGGUGGUGCUGCUAUCACUGCCGCCAUCUACUCCAUUCGAGGCGGUAAACGUGUCGAGGAGACCAAUACUCUAGCUACGCCUCCUCCGUCAACCUCAAACUCCUUCGCCGCUCUUCCUGCUACCACCGCCUCUCCCGCCGUUCCUCCCGCCCAAGUCUUCGGACCUCCAGCCACUGCGCCCUCCGGUUUGCCAAUCGACCCAAGCGCAAUCGUCAACCCUGGGGGCCUCUUCGACUACGGCUUUCCAGGCCCUAUCGCCGAUGUCGCCAACCGCUCUGGCCUCGUCUCUUCCUACGAUCGUCGUACACGAAACCCUCACUGGGUCGUCGAACAUAUCACACCUGCUUCUCUUGCCAUUCGCGAUGGUGAUCGAAAGCACAGCAGCUUUCUUGAGGAUGAUUCUGUGCCACAAAAGUUCCGGGCUCUGCUGAAGGACUACUACCGCAGCGGUUACGAUCGUGGCCAUCAGGUCCCUGCUGCCGACUGCAAAUGGUCUCAGAAGGCCAUGGACGACACUUUUUACCUCACAAACAUGUGCCCUCAGGUCGGCGAUGGCUUCAACCGUGACUACUGGGCUCACUUUGAGGACUUCUGCCGUCGUUUGACAGUCAAGUAUCCCUCAGUUCGCAUUGUCACAGGCCCUCUCUAUCUUCCCAAGAAGGAGGCAGAUGGCAAGUGGUACGUCAAGUACGAGAUGAUCGGCACUCCCCCUUCAGUUGCUGUGCCCACACACUUCUACAAGGUGAUCUUUGCUGAGGAUGGUCGCGUUGGUGGAAACGUCGCGCUGGGCGCUUUCGUUCUCCCCAACGCCCCCAUCUCUAACUCUAAGCCUAUCACCGAUUUUGAGGUUCCCCUCGAGGCUGUUGAGCGUGCUAGCGGUCUCGAAUUUGCUACUAAGCUACCACCUCAGCGAAGACGACGUCUGUGUUCUGACCACACCUGUGCGCUUGUGAUUCGAGACUUCGCGGAUAAGCAAAAGGCGUUCCCUAAGAAAUAGAUGGCUACCAAGCAUUUGUAUAGUGGAAAGGGGAAUAUUUGGUCUCUGCAUACAGGAAUGAAUGGCAUGAGGUGCUCUAUUGCCAGGCUCAAUGGAUUUAUAACAUAUACGGCUGCAUGAGAGCGUCACAAUUAUGUUACAUGUUUUAGCAUUUAGAAUUAUAUGCACCACCGAUAGCAUGUGCAUCUUGCCUACGGGCUCAAAUGAAUGAUGGGUAUACAAAAGUUUUCGAUUGACAUGUACAUUACAGUUUUUGAAAUCUGUGCCAUAUUCCCUAAGGAUACAGUGUAUGCUUGCUUUAGUUGCAAACAGUCAGCAUU